CAGUGUCUAACUAAAUUUGUCAUGUUACACAAGUCAAUAUCUCCAAUCACUUUAGCAAUUCCGAUCCAUUCGGCACUUGAACUUGACUAAUGGCAUAAGAUCCCCUGAGUUUCUACUUUUCAGUUGGACAAUGUAACUAACAUAGUCCCAAACGCAAAUCCAACAUCUGAGCGUUUCCUAUCAAAACUAUCGGCAACUAGACUUUUAGUUUCAAUUAGCUUACGAAACGGUGCGUAGUAGUUACGUUCUUAGAUUUUUCAAUCUUCUAUAUAAAGCCCCUUCCCCUUCCAAUCCUCUUCUGUUCUUCGUACGCAAAACAGAUCACUUUUAUAGCUAUCUGUAUCAUACUUUAGUUACAAAACUUUUUUUUCAAACUCACGAUUAUUUUCGACCCCUUUCCACCCUUCGACCAACCACAUCUCGAGAUGUGGUAUUUAGGCCUUAACAAGGCGGCUUCUUUUGCCUGGGCUUCGCUCAGGCAAACCCUUCAAAAACAGGCUAAGGAUCCCCCUUUCCAAUCUGACUUUUCUAUCCCAGUUGACACAGUUCGCAGCACUUCUGUACAUCCUCAACGGGUGUUCAUUGUUGACUCAGGUCAUCAAUGUUAUCUCAUCGAGGGUGGAACAUUCAGACAACCUUGGUUGCCUGGAUGUGGGUCGGCCAUUCUCCCUGUGGGAAUGCGCUCCCAAAAUGCCUUUGAUGGCAUGCGGCUCUGGGGGUUCGAAAGGACCUUGGACUAUUGGGGUGCGUCUUCGGACAAACCCAUGAAUCCAACUUUCCGAAAACCUCUUGGGGUUAGUACGAAAAAGGUCUCUUUCAAGGGGCUUCAUGGGAGAUGGUCCAUCCAUGAAGUUCGUCCGUUCCAAAAGACGUCGGGGGAUCAAGAAGAUUUGAGUCCAUCCUCACUUUUUCUCCCCCUUGAUGAGGCUGUAUUUAUACAGCCCUCAUCCGACAACACGUUAAAGUCGUCUAGUCUUAGGCGCUGUGGGAUCUGUGGGGAGUAUUACAACACCGCGAAUCCGGAAGCGUAUACUCCCGCGCCCAAUAUGGAGGGUUACGAAAUCCGCUCCGAACCGAGCUCUUGUAGCACGGAUGGGUGCGGACUAGUUCCUCUUGAGGGAUACACAGAUGAGGCUAUCGUCCUCUCGGGACCCAGAUCUUCUGGCCCGUUGAAUACGUUUUCGGACUUUCAACGGUGUUCUAUGAAGUUGAUGGGUGAUGAAACCGAGGGAUUGGGCAACCUUCCUGAGGCGGUAGUCGAACCCGUGACGGAAGCGGACAACUCGUCAGCCCAGGAACGUGACUUCAAGUUGGUCGGCUCGUCACCAAUCAUACCUUCUAUGAAUGGGGAAGGUUUGAAGUCAUUUUCCUGGGCGGAUGAUUCUGACGAGGAUUGGUAGAGUUCUUCUAUACAAUCAUUGUGGGCACGAGGGCUUUUUUUCUUUUGUUCUUUUCUUUUUUUCUUUUGUCCUUUUUUUUUCCUUUUGUUCUUUUUCUUUAAUUUUUCUAGAAAAGUCCCCGGACACC